UUUGCUUUUCUUGCAGCCACGGAAAGAACGCGGGGUAACCUGUGUGUAGGGGGGGGGGGGGCCCGGGGGCCCCUGCGUCCCCCCUCCCGGCGCGCGCGCGCGGCCCCCCUCCCAAAAGGGGGUUUUCCCCCUCGCCCCACAAGGGUGUACGGACCCAAAAAAGUGAGGAAAAGAAAAGAAAAGCCAAUGGGGGGGGGGGGGGGGGGCGGGGGGGGGGGAGAGACAGCGUCUCUGCGUGUGCGUCCGCCGCGGAGCCCGGAGACCCGUAAUUGCACCAGACAGGCAGCGCAUGGGGGGCUGGGCGAGGUCGACGCGUAUAAAUAGUGAGAUUUCCAAUGGAAAGGCGUAAAUAACCGCGCCGGUGAUCCACCCGCGCGCACCGGGCCGUCCUCUCCGCGCGCGGGGAGACGCGCGCGCACCCACCCGCCCCGGCUCCUCGCCCACCCCCGGCCCCCAGCCAUGGAAGAACUCACGGCGUUUGUCUCCAAGUCUUUUGACCAGAAAAGCAAGGACGGUAACGGCGGAGGCGGCGGCGGCGGAGGGAAGAAGGAUUCCAUUACGUACCGGGAAGUUUUGGAGAGCGGACUGGCGCGCUCCCGGGAGCUGGGGACGUCCGAUUCCAGCCUCCAGGACCUCGCGGAGGGCGGCGGCCACUGCCCGGUGCAUUUGUUCAAGGACCACGUAGACAAUGACAAGGAGAAACUGAAAGAAUUCGGCGCCGGGAGAGUGGCGGAAGGGAUUUACGAAUGCAAAGAGAAGCGCGAGGACGUGAAGUCGGAGGACGAGGACGGGCAGACGAAGCUGAAACAGAGGCGCAGCCGCACCAACUUCACGCUGGAGCAGCUGAACGAGCUGGAGCGACUCUUCGACGAGACCCAUUACCCCGACGCCUUCAUGCGCGAGGAGCUCAGCCAGCGCCUGGGGCUUUCCGAGGCGCGCGUGCAGGUUUGGUUCCAGAACCGGAGAGCCAAGUGCCGCAAACAGGAGAAUCAGAUGCAUAAAGGCGUCAUCUUAGGCACAGCCAACCACCUGGACGCCUGCCGGGUGGCACCCUACGUGAACAUGGGAGCCUUAAGGAUGCCUUUUCAACAGGUCCAGGCUCAGCUGCAGCUGGAAGGCGUGGCCCACGCGCACCCGCACCUGCACCCGCACCUGGCGGCGCACGCGCCCUACCUGAUGUUCCCCCCGCCGCCCUUCGGGCUGCCCAUCGCGUCGCUGGCCGAGUCCGCCUCGGCCGCCGCCGUGGUCGCCGCCGCCGCCAAGAGCAACAGCAAAAACUCCAGCAUCGCCGACCUGCGGCUCAAGGCGCGGAAGCACGCGGAGGCCUUGGGGCUCUGACCCCGCCGCGCAGCCCCCAGCGCACCGGGACUCCCGGGCUCCGCGCACCCCGCCUGCACCGCGCGUUCUGCACUCAACCCCGACUGGAGCUGCUUCCGCGGCCACCGUGCUCCGUGCGCCCCGGGAGCUCCUGCAAGAGGCGUGGGGAGGAGGCUCCCGGGACCGUCCACGCACGACCCAGCCAGACCCUCACGGAGACGGUGCAGAAGGCGGAGCGCGUGAGCAGCCGUGCGCCCUGCUCGGACCUCUCCAAGGCUGCCCGUGCGUCCUGGGAGACCCUGGAGAAGGGUCAACCCUCUGCCUGGCUGCGUCUUCCUCUGCUCUACCCUAUGCAUGCGGUGAACGACCCAAAACGUGUGGAAGAUCCUCGAGUCUGUGAACCUGCAAAGAUCCCGGGGCUGGUCUCCGAGGAAAAGGCCGCGUGUCUUCGUUGCCAACGGUUUUCUUUACCUCCAUACUCCUCCCUUCGUCCCAAGAGCUGUGUGGAUUUGAAUGUGGACUUUGGAAUCCCAGGAGGCAGAAGGGGCCGGGCUGUCCUCCCAACGCUCCCCCCAACCCCGCCAGCAUCCCAGAGGCAGCAAUAAGGGAACAGUUUUGUGGCUGUUGUGGCUGAGGACGUGAACCGGGGGGAGUUGGAAGGGGAGGGGAGGGAGAUUCGAACCUCCCACGUUGUGACUCCCACGUUCCGGGGACUUCCAGGAGGACC